AUUCUUUCCCCACGCGAAAUAUCGUACCUUGUGGUGUAUCCUCACCUUCCUCCUCCCUUCUCAGACCCGACGGCGAGCGCCGAUGACCUGAGCCAUGGGCUGCGUCCUCGCCAAGGAGGCCUCGCCUCCCCCCUCUUCGGCCUCCCUCGGACUCUCCUCCCGCCGCUGCGAGAAGGAUCAGCCGGCGGGAGCUGGGUCCGCCCGCAAAUCGCUGGCCUCGCUCCCUAAAGUCGAGGCCGCCACUGAUUCGCGGAAGGAGGAGAGGGAUCUACCGGCCGAGGACGGCCAGCAGAGCCGGCGCCGGUCGAGACCUGACCCGAGGCUGAGCAAUCCCCCGGGGCAUGUCCACGGCGAGCAAGUCGCUGCUGGGUGGCCCGCCUGGCUCUCCCGCGCUGCCGGGGAGGCCAUCAGAGGGUGGACGCCGCGUCGGGCGGAUACCUUCGAGAAGAUCGAUAAGAUUGGACAGGGGACGUAUAGUAAUGUUUACAAGGCGAAGGACAUAUUGAGCGGCAAAAUCGUGGCUCUGAAGAAGGUUAGGUUUGAUAUGAUGGAGCCGGAAAGUGUGAGAUUUAUGGCUAGGGAGAUCCUUAUCCUGCGGCAUCUCGAUCACCCAAACGUUGUUAAGUUAGAGGGGUUGGUGACAUCAAGGAUGUCUUGUAGCUUGUAUUUGGUCUUCGAAUACAUGGAGCAUGACCUAGCUGGUCUUGCAGCGAGCCCUACCAUAAAAUUCAUGGAGCCUCAGAUCAAGUGUUACAUGCACCAACUUUUGUCUGGAUUAGAGCACUGCCACAACAAUGGUGUGCUGCACCGUGACAUUAAGGGUUCAAAUCUCCUACUUGACAAUGAGGGAGUACUCAAGAUUGCAGACUUUGGCUUGGCUACUUUCUUUGACCCUAGUCGCAAGCAUCCUAUGACUAGUCGGGUGGUAACUCUUUGGUAUCGGGCCCCAGAGUUGCUCUUGGGAGCCACGGAUUACAGUGUGGGAAUUGACCUGUGGAGUGCCGGUUGUAUUUUAGCAGAAUUGUUGGCUAGGAAGCCUAUUAUGCCUGGGAGGACUGAGGUUGAACAGCUGCAUAAAAUCUUCAAACUAUGUGGUUCUCCUUCAGAUGAAUACUGGAAAAGGUCGAAGUUACCUCAUGCUACAAUUUUUAAACCCCAACAGCCUUAUAAACGGUGCAUACGAGAAACAUUUAAAGAUUUCCCGCCACCAUCCUUGCUAUUGAUUGAAACUCUUCUUGCAAUUGAUCCUGCAGAUCGGCAAACUGCUACUGCAGCCUUAAAUAGUGAGUUUUUUACGACUGCUCCACAUGCAUGUGCUCCUUCAGACCUUCCAAAAUAUCCUCCAAGCAAAGAAAUGGAUGCUAAAAUGAGGGAUGAAGAAGCUAGAAGGUUGCAGGCUGCUGGUGGGAAGGUUAAUGCCAAUGGAUCAAAAAAAUUGCGCACACGUGACAGACCUUUCAGAGCAGCUCAUGCAGCAGAGGCUAAAGCUGAAGUUCAAAGAAGGCAGCGUCUUAUUACCCGUGCAAAUGCAAAGAGCAAGAGUGAAAAGUUUCCUCCACCACAUCAAGAUGGUGCUCUUGGAUAUCGAUUGGAUUCUAUAUAUCUUGUUGAUCCUUCCUUGGAGGACUCAGAUACUUCAUUCAGCACAAGACUGCCCUCCCAGAAGAUGCCUGCGAAUGCUUGGUCUGGACCAUUGGUUGAUACUGUGGUUGGCCACCCAAACCACAAGAAGCAGAUUGCAGCGCGCUCACGAAACUCCUCUCGAACAAAACAGUUUGGUGAUGCUCAUAUUACCAAGGAAACUCACAUAGAAAAGGGCAGCGCUCGAUUCUGAGGUCCGAACCAGUUCAACUAGCUUCAGGUCUUCGAGACCAGGAUCCAUCUCUUCAGGCGUAAGAUUGCGAUACCAUGAUACUGAAGUAGGAUGAUACUGAAGGAGCACGAAAUGGUCAUUAAUUGGAUGAAGACAAUAAUUUAUCCACCUCGCAAACCCUCCUCUUCUGUUCCAUCUUUCAUACUACUUGUUCAGUUACCCCGACUAUUAACACUCGCAAUUGAGGAUUCCUUGUACAUCGGUUCCUUCUCUUAUUGCCCCCAAUACUGGUUUAGGUUAUUUGAGUUAGAGACACACUUCUCCACUCAUCCCAUUGUAUUUUAAAGAAGAUUUACCUUCUGGAGCUUCAUAUUUUGACU